AUGACAGAAGCCAACACCGCCCGCUUCAACGAGGAAGCCCUCUCCUGGGACUCAAACCCCUCCGUACAGCUAGCCACAGCCCUCGCCCACAAGGCCUACCUCGCCCGCCUCCCGCCCCCGGAAAUCCUGUCAACCUACGACAUCAUGGACCUCGGCUGCGGCACCGGCCUCCUCUCCCUCGCGCUCGCCCCCUCCGUGCGCUCCGUCACAGCCAUCGACGCGGCCGAGGGCAUGAUCGCCGCGCUGCGGUAUCAGAGGUCACUGUCCUCGUCUCCCUUGAGGUAG